AUGGCGGCGGCAACGCAAGAAGCGGGAGAUAGUCCAGCCUUCGAAUUUCCAAAAAGCUAUAACUUUCCACCAUUUUUCAGUCCACAACCAACGGCGUUGACGCGGCAAGCCCAGUUGAAGAAAUGGUCAAUUCUGGUCCAGAGAUAUUGCAAGCAUCACAGAAUAUUCAAAAUCACCAUCAUCGACGCUCUCGACACCCCGCUGUUCAACAAUUCAACCCUGAGAAAAAGAUUGAGUCUUCAGGACGCCAAGGCUGUCAUUGAUUAUAUGGUGAGCAAGGACGGUGAUGAACGAGCCGAAUGGCUGGGACUUGAGAAGUCUGAAGCGUGGGUCUGGUGGCGAAAACCCGAAGAAUGGGCGACAGUCAUUGCAACCUGGGUAGAGGAAACAGGACAAAAGGGCACGGUGUUGACUCUGUAUGAAUUGGUUCAGGGAGAAACAACCGAAAAGCAAGAAUUUUAUGGACUCGACAUGGACGUCCUCCGCAAGAGUCUCGCUACUUUGGUCAAGAAGGGCAGAGCUCAAGUGUUUGGCACAGAAGACCAGCAGGGUGUCAAAUUCUUCUAA